AUGGGUAGCCUCACGCGUCUCAUAGUCUUUCUCUCCAUUUUCGCAGCCAUAACUCUGAAAGCAAACUCUCAAUACCUGCUUCCCAUCAUAAAAGACGAACCCACCAAUCUAUUCUUCACCACUCUCAGCAUCGGAUCCCUCGCGACAGAAUCCCCCGUAAACCUCCUCCUCGAUCUCGAAAGCAACCUCACGUUGGUCAACUACGACUACAACGUUUCAGUGUUUAUUGACAGCAUCGUAUCUUGCCAUAGCUCCACAUGCGAAUCCAUCCCUGGCCAUGGCUGGGACGACGGCGACCCAUACUGUUCCUGUGUUUACCGACUAUCAAGCCUUCUAGGUCAAAAUGCCAGCAUCGAAGCCUAUGUCAUCCAAGACACAGUAAGCAUCUCCACCACAGACGGUGGCAAACUCCUCUCUGAAGUCUCCAUCAACCCUCUCACAAUCUCUGACUACCGCGGGGAAGAGUUCAUCACGUACCUUCCUCCUCUGGUCUCCGGAAUCCUAAGUCUUUCUCCCGUAUCUUCUUCGUUCAUCAAACAGGUGAUUUCCUUUUACGGAGUCAGCCCUAAAUUCUCUCUCUGCUUGCCUUCGUCCGGCGCCGGUCAUUUCUAUAUCGCCGCAGAUAACUACUUCAUCCCGCCGUUCAAUAGUAGCGUUAGUCCGAUGACUCUGUCACCGUUAAAAGCCAUAAACUCGGAAAGUUAUCUUCUCGACGUUAGAUCAAUCUACGUUGACGGAACUCCCUUGUCGUUGAGCCCUAAUUUGCUUGAGGGUGGAGCCAAGCUAAGCACCAUGGUUCCUUACACCCUACUCCACACCGAUAUCUACAAUGCUCUUGCUCAGUCCUUUACACUCAAAGCCAAGAAUGCUCCCAUUUUGUAA